AUGGGGAAGAAUAAACAAGCUCAGCGAACGAAAAAUAAUGCAAGACCAUCUAACAGCAGCAGAAGUGCAGAACUUCUUGGCAGUUCAAUACCAAACUUUGUUGGUUUCUCAGCUGUUAAGGAUGGGGGAUAUGUACCUGUAUUACCAGGUUUAUCACUUUGCAACACAAAUGAGGUUGAAUUGAACAAUGUUGAUAGCAAUUUUCAACUAGUAUUGAAGAAAAUGAAUAAGAAAGAUACAACAACAAAGUGCAAGGCUUUGCAAGAAUUUGCUACUUUGUGUAAAGAAGCAGAAUUAUCAGCUGUUGAAGGAAUGUUACCAUUUUGGCCACGGUUGUAUUGUGCCUUAGCUAUAGACGUGGAACACAGAGUAAGAGAAGCUGCACAGUUAGCUCAUGCAGCUGUUGUAAAACGUGUUGGAAGAGGCAUAGCAAUGUAUUUCAAGCAAGUUGCUGGGGCUUGGUUUACUUCACAGCAUGAUACAUAUCCUCCUGCAGCAUCAGCUGCUACUAAUUCAUUUAAUGAGACAUUUCCAGAAAAGAAAGUUAUCGAUGCCAUUGUGCAUUGCCAGUGUGAAAUCUUGACAUAUAUCUGUGAUAACAUUACUGUACAAACUGCACAAUCUUUAUCUAUACAAAAGAACCUCAAUGCAGAAGAGAUGGAAACAAAAUAUCAAAGGGUGCUGGUAGCUAGUUUACAAGGAUAUAGUGUUUUUCUAAGGAAAGUCCCUCUUAAAGAAAUUGAAAAAAUGAUUGAUAUUCAUCGUAAAAUUAUAAGUAACAACAAAUUCUGGAAGUUAGUUAAGUAUGAUGCUUUUCCAGUUAAAACAGCAUUUUUCAAUGUAUUAACAUCAAUCAUUGAGAAUGCAGAUAUGUUGUUACAAGAUGAAAAGAAGAAAGCUGUAACAACUAUUAUGAAUAAUCUUGAUGAAGCAGAACCUGCGUUACUGUCUGCUGUAUGGGAAUCUGUGCUUGUCACUAUAAAUAAAAUACAGGACUGGUAUAGUCUAGUAAGUGUAGAAAAAUUAGUAUUACCGAAGUUAUGGCGUGUUCUAAGAAGUGGAGGACAAUGUUGCGCUAGCGUAGUUUAUCCAAAUUUGUUACCAUUUGUUAGCCAAUUUCCAAAACUGAAUAUUGAUCCUCAUCAUUUGUAUAUGGAUUUCUUCAGUAAUAUGCGACAAGGGUUUUCUGUAAAAAGCGUACAGACAAGUCGUUCAGAAAUGUUUGCAGUAAUGACAUCAUUUAUUGAAUGUCUACGUUAUUCUAUUCUUCUGAAUGUUAAUAAUCAAGAUUUAAGCAAUGCACUUCUCAAAGAACAGCUGAUACCAGUUUUAGAAAUGUGUUUAAAGGAAAAUAGUCCUAUGAAACAGACCUUUUUCUCUAAGAUUACUCAUUUAGUACGAUAUUGGAGUAAAAACCGGCACAAUGAAGAUUAUAAAUCAUAUCCUAUUAUAAUGCAAAAAUUUUGGUCCGAACUUGAUAAAUUAUUCAAUUUACUCAUAGAUGCACGUCAACACUCAGAAACGUUCAAUAUUGUGGACACAAACAAUUCUCAGAUUGAAUUCUUAAUUAUAUUAAAAACCGCGCCUGCACACGGUCGUAAAAAUCUUAAAGUAAAAUUCUCCAAUUCAGAGGAAGAUGAGAUAAUUCAACCUCAAACAGAAAUUAUCAGCACUGAUAUUGAUACUCAAUUCAUUUCUGAACUCAAUAACUUUGUCAACUCUCUAUGCAUAAAAUAUUUCAAUCAAAUCAUUAAAGAAUGUGAAAAUAAAUAUAUUGUACAUUUAAACAAACUCAUAAUAUGUUUUGAAAGUGAAGAUCUUUUCAAGAAUCUGUCAGAAUCACUUAAAACGCAAAUAAACUUUUCCAAUUUUUAUGAGCAAAUCUUACGAAACUGGUUAUUGGAACCAUCAAAAGAAACUGAACACAUAGUAGAAUUAAUAUUCAAUUUUAUGAAGUACAUGAAUGAUUCGGAGAAGAACGAAAUUUUGAAGUCACUGACACAGUUGGAAGAUAUUGUAACAUCAAGAAGCAUCAUACAAUGUGCUCUCUCCAAAAAGCAUAGAAAUGAUAUGAUAAUAAAAAAUUGGUGCUCUCAGUCGAAAAUAACUAGCUUAUUAAUAGAAGUGGCAAAAGAAAUUGCUUCCGGUAAUUAUACUGACUUAGAAAAUAAUCAGAAACUUAUUCUGUUAGCCUUUGAACCCUCUGAUGAUGGCAAUUUAUUGAUAAAGAAAGAAGGACUUAAUGAAGUUAUAUCUAUACUAUGCAAUUCACUUCACGAAAUAAACGAAACAUGUUUAUUAGAUUUCGCAAAAUUAAUUUCUUCCAUUGUUCCAUUAACGUGGAUUCAUAAACAGUCAAUACCUGGAGCUACACAAAUAUUGGAAACACUUUUCGAAUUGCUUUCACAAAAUUGUUUCAGUAAUAAUUCCAAUUUUAUUGAUACAAUGAGAGAGGUGUGGAAGAAAGGUCUUUUUGAAGCCAUUCAGAAACUUUCGCCCACAGAAUUUAUUGAUUUGACUAAGAAAUUUGCGAUUUCUAUGUGGAGAAAAAUUUAUAAUUCAAAUGAGGAACAUGUUAAGGAAGUGAUAGUGAACACAGCAGUCGAUUUUGUUGAGAUUAUGAUUGAUAAUAACAUUUACACAAACGAGGAGUAUACGAAAGAAAUUAUGUUAGCAUUCCUGAUAGAUAAUGAUAUAACAGUAUGGAUGGCUGAGGUAACUGGAAUAAUUGUAUAUGGUGAGGUGAUAAGUGGUAAACUGUAUGUAUCAUCUCUGGAUCAAAAGAUAGAAAUUUAUCAAAAGUGUACGUCUAUUGAAUUAACCAAUAAUGCGAUAGUAGACAAUACCGAGAACUGUUUAAAAUGGGCAUUAUUUAAUAUAAACUUACUAAGUAAUCUAUGCUCAAUAUCUACUAAUAAAAUCAGAGAAGAAGAAUCUGAUGACGAGAAAGUAUUAAUACAUAGUCUGAAUUUACCGGGAGUGACAAGUUUAUUGAUAAACGUUAUACAUUCAAUUAUACUGGGACAAAUUUAUUCCUCUCAUUACAAAUCUACCAAAUGUUACAGUAACGUGAAUAAAGUUCUGAUGACUGUACAAGAUAGUUUUAAACGGUUACAACAAAUGUACAUUAAUGAAGAAACAGUCGACGAUAUUUUUGAUCAUAUUAGAAUGAAUAGUUCGAAGUAUGGAUGUAUGUUAUCUUAUAUAUUACAUUUUUGUUGCAUUGAAUUACAUUUGGGCAAAGAACCUAAGCAAAUAUUUAAACAUUAUAAAAUUAAUGAUAUGUUUACUGAGAAUAAUGAAAUGACUUUACAAGCGAUACAGUGUCUAUCUAAAUUGCAACAUUCUGACGAUAUAUCAAUAUCGAUGGAUAACGAUGUCUAUGCUUUGAUAGCAGCAAGAAAUGUCUUCAUCAAUCAGGAAGAUAAUACAAGCUACUUAAAUAUUUUAGAAAAAGUAAUGGCUUAUGAAAAGGAAAACCCUUCGUUAUUACUCUUCGAUUGUGAUAUUUCUGAAAUAUCAUGGGAAAAGUUAAGUUUACCAUUGGAGCUUUUACGAUUGUUAACAGAACUUAUUAAAAACGCACCUACCAAAUUAACCCCGAACCAUUGGAAUUUUAUUCUAAUCUCUCUGGUUCUGUGGCAACUUUCAGUUACUAAAUUAAAACAAAACGCUAAUGAUUUUAAGGUAUCUGUGUUUGCAGUAGCCGUUUGUCAACUUUAUUAUGCGCUCCAGAAUUUAAUUAACAAACAUGAACAGGAAGAAGUAGCAGAUUUGCCACCAACGGUAUUGGAUGAAUGGAAACAAGUGUUUGCUUCUGAUAUACAGACUGGAAUUAUUCGGACUUGGAUACCUUAUACAGAUUUAUACAAUGAGAAAGCAGUUUUGAAACAGGUUGUACUGUUAGAUUACUUAGGAAAAGCAGUGAAAAUGUUAAACGGGGACAUCAUUUUCAUAGAUCAAUCACUAUCGUUAACGGAUACUGUUCAAUUAUCAUUGCAAUUACUUCAAUCUCCUGUAGCCAGCAUACAGUUGGGUGCUUAUCAUGUCUUAAAACAUGCAGUACCAGAACUUGUUCGACUAGACAAAGUUUUUGUAGAGUCGGAAAACUUCGAUGUAAAUAAUUUGAACAUUAGGAAAAUGGAGGAUGUACUUCAAAACACGCAAAAUAUCGUGAAUACUAUUCUGAUGGAUUUCAAAUUAUGCGAUACAGUCAGUUGUACCAUUCAGCCAUACACAGAUUCUUAUACAUACACUGUAGGAUAUUUAUUAACAUGGGCUAUUAUCCUAGAAAUGUGCAAAAAUGCGCAUGGUGAUUUGCUCUACCAAUAUGCUGAAAGACUAAAGAACAACGUUUUCUCUAGUUUGUUGAAUAACAUAUUUCGUUUAAUGCCAGUGGAAAUGCUUCAAGAUAAUAAGAACAAAAGUUCAAAAGUGGUAGAAAUAUUUUCCACUGAACCAUCUCUCGAUUUUGGAGAGAGUUGGACCGAAUGGAGAUUAGACCAUAUAGUAUGCUGGUUAUACACAAACAGUUUAAGAUAUUUGCCAGUGUUGGUGAGACAAUGGUGGAGCACUGCUGACAGCAGAGUUAGUGCUGCAGUAGACAAAAUCACAACUCAUUAUGUUAGCCCUAUGUUGUGUCAAGAAGAACUGCUUAAUAAUAAGUUACAAAAUAUUGAAAAUAUGCAAGUAAAGGUUCAUCCAACGUUUCGCGAGGUUGUUGCCUUAUAUCAAAUGGACGACACUAAAUUAGAAUUUAAUAUUGUUCUAUCACCGAAUUAUCCACUGGGACCAGUUACAGUCGAACCUGGCCAACACGCUGGUGGUACUGCCAAUUGGCGGAAUUGUCAUAUGCAGUUAUCCAUAUUCCUCACUCAUCAAAACGGAUCAGUGUGGGAUGGACUAGUAUUAUGGAAAAAGAAUUUAGACAAGAAAUUCGCUGGUGUAGAAGAAUGUUACAUUUGUUUCAGUAUUUUUCACAUAAACACAUACCAGAUACCAAAAUUAUCGUGUCACACAUGUCGAAAGAAAUUCCAUACUGCAUGCCUGUACAAAUGGUUUAGUACAAGUCAGAAAUCCACGUGUCCCAUAUGCAGGAACAUAUUUUAA